GACCUAGGCCUACGCGGGUCAUAAAAGCCAAAACGUUAGCCAGUCAUGGGACAUGCAGGCGAGCGGAAGUCAUGCACUUCGCAUCUCGGCCCGUAAGCCUUGAUUGAACGACAUUUAUGUGGCUUAGUAAAGCUCAACACAAUGUGAUCCACUUAAGGCAGGCGCUUUAGGCACCAUUACUUGGUGCGCGUCGAAAAACACAGCCAUCGCCACCUGCUGUGAAGCAACAGAUAUAUGUAUACAAAUCAUACAAAUUGGACGAAAGCCUGAAGCGUUCCAGGCUGCAGCUGCGAAUCAACACAGUCAACUACAUUGCAUAUGCCCACAUGGUCCAGCCUUGGAAUUUUUGCUUUGUGUUCCUGCACCCCAGCUCUGUGCUGCUGGAGCGCAAGCCCGACUGCCUGGUGUUCAACGAGCUGAUGCACACCACCCGCACCUACGCCCGAGACGCCACAGCCAUAGAGGCGCGCUGGCUGCCCGAGCUGGCGCCCGCCUUCUUCGCAGCCAAGGCCAGCGCCGCCACCGCGGGGGUCAGCGCGGCCGGGGCGGCGCGGUGACGAGGCUGAGGGGGUGAGGGGCUCGCAUGGGGUUGGUGGCACCAGGUGCAGCGCACUUGCAUGGGCCGUGAGCAUAGCCGCGCGCUAUGGGGUGAGGGCAGGGAAGGGUCGGAGGAGGAGGGGAGGAGAGGCAGGAUGCAGUGCGACGGUCCGCGGCGUUGCGGGCGUCGGCUGGUUGCGUGCGGUGUCGGGCAGUCUGCCGGGUGGACGGUGGCUUCAUGCCAGUGUGCGUGGCAGCGUGGCGCGUAGCAAGUGGCGCCUGAAUUGUCAGGGCGCAGGCUGUGGCCGUGUACAGUGUGGGCAUGCGCGGUGUCGGAAUGCGGUCGACCUGCGUGUUCAGCCGUUCAGCGCCCACUGGCUAGCGGCUGGCGGCUAGCGGGGCGUACAACAUCUUCGGUCCAGAUGUCACAUGCGUCGCCAGCUCCAUCAGUCCAUCGCAGUUUGUUUGCCCCGAGACCCCGAGACCCAUC